CGCAACACUAUGUAGGCUAAUAAUAAUCAGGGAAAUGUAACUUCUCAAAAAUGUACUCAGUGCAGAAAAAUGCCCCCUGUGACUGUUAUAUAAUUAGAUUAGGCCUAUUAUUACUCAUACAUUAAUAGAAGUAUAUUAUUUGUACCAUUAUUAUGAAGUGUUACCUAAUUUAAUCACAUAUCAAUUAUGUAUGGCGUAACUUUGAACUAACAUUCCUUGAUUAAUGGUCUAUAAAGUUUGAACUAAACACAGUAAGUCAUAGUGACUUUAUCAUAUGUUAAUGGUAAAGUCAUGAUAUUUCCUGCAUUAACUCAUGCACUAGUUAAGCAUUAAUUCAUGAUCUGUGAUCUGUACUUUUUAUUAUAAAGUGUAACUGAAUUGUUUUAAAAUUCUGUUUUAACUGUGUUUGACUUAAAGGACACUAUCUCCACACUCACACUGUGCGCAGCUGAUUACCUGUUACCCUGCUGCAAUUUGAUUGGCUGUUUGCCAAGUACUGUUGUAAUUGGCCCAUAGAUAAUCUUAAAUAUUUUGGUACCCACCAGCUGUGGAAUAUUGUUAUAUUGUAUGGAAAAUGUAUUUAUUUAUUUAAUUUCAGUAGCUUACAUGUAAUGUGAGCCAAUGACCCAAACAGAGUACCAGUAAGUACUACCUCACUGGAUGCACAGCACACACCACUUCUUAUUGGAUUGUAGUGCUUCUAUCUUAUAUAAUUUUUUUAAAUGGAAUUUAUGUUGUUGUUUUUUUCAAUUGCUUCUAUUUGAUGUGACCCAGUGACUCAAAUUCAAUACUAGAUAUUAAUACAGUAGGCACACAGAACACACAUCUUUAUACUGGAUUUUAGUGCAUUAUCUAUUAUGUCUUGUUUUUUUCAAUAGCUUCCAUGUAAUGUAAGCCAGUGAUUCAAACUCAAAAUAUUUACCCCCCUCUGUAAUUUAUUUUGUAUAUACUUCAGAUCAUGUCUAAUAUUCUCAGUGAAUGGAUAAGUGACUACUUUCCUUGCAAAAUUUAUUGGAUAAUUCUUUCAUACUGCUUUUCAACCUGCCACAAGUGAACAGCACAUGUUCACUUCAUUAUUAGCUUGAAUUUGCAUUAUCAAGACACAAGAAACAAGUCUUGAAAAUUUGUUGAAGCAUGUUUUAAAUCUUUUAUGUACUUCCAAUAUUUCAUUGUGCAGUGUCUGAUAUUGUCCAGUUAUCAUAUUUUACCACUAGAUGGCAGUGUAUAAAUAUGAAAAGUGCCUCUAGUUUGCUGUGGCAUCAUGUGCCUCCCCUUUUCAGCCACUAGUCCUUGGAUGUUGGUUAGACUGUGGGUGUUAUCAAAUCCACUUAUAUUUGAAUAUAGGGUAUAACUAAUGCAAAGCUACACAUUUUAGAUGCUCAGAUCAUUGUAGGUCAUCUGUGUGAAGCUGAUUAAUAAGACAGGGUUUUAGCUUCAAAAGCAUUGACUGAAGUAUCAUUUUCAAGACUUGAUCAUCCCAGUGAGAUGCCUGUUAUACACACACAUCCUUCAGGGUGCACGGUUAGACAACCUUUGUUUGUAUCCUGUGUAUAUAAAGAGAGUAAAGGGCCAGUCACAUCACCGUCACACCAAGGUACACAAUGCCUAGUGCAGUGUAAGCAGUUGGGUGAGCAGAGAGCCAGGGCUGUGGUGUGUGGAAAAUGCUAGUGGAGGCAGACAAUGCACUGGUCCGAGGCCUGACCAGCCCUCAGAGGGACAGGGGUCGCCUCACUGCGACAACAGCCCCCGUCUCCCUCCCGUCUUUUUCUUUAAUCGAGCUCCACAGCAUGGGCUCGGGGAGGACGCUGAAGUUCGCCCUGUGCGAGGUGCUGCAGUUUGCAGGCCUGUGCGUGCCACUCUUCAUCGUCAUGCAGAGGUUCGCCGUCAUCGUAGCGAAGGUCAAAACAUCGACGCAGCCUCCCGGAGACAGCAGCACGGCCUACUGGUUGAUCGUGGCUUCCUCCAUUGCCUAUGUCACCUCCACCGCCCUGCUGGUCUGGGUACCCAUGAAGUACAUGGUGUUUAUGAAGAAGAAGUUUCUCAUUGGGAGGAAGAAGUGGAGGCCUGUGGCCCUCGUAUAUGUGAUCCUGUCCACGUUACCCUGCUUUGCCUUUCUCAUCGCCAGCUCUGAGGUUCAGAUAAACAACAACAUGAAACACGACACGUUCACGGAGCUCCCUGUAUCACUAGUCCUCUUCUCUCUCAUCUGUAUUGACGUUGUGGAGAGGAUACGCCACUGCAGACUGACCGGCCAGGCUAAUGACAUGGAGAGAGACGCUGACAUCCCUUCCACUGUCCUCACACACGUGGAACAGGUAACACCAGUAACACCUAUUACUCCAGCUGUGCAGGGGCCAGCUGUGCCCGGGCAAGCUGGGCCUACUCCCAUGCAGCCAGGAGCAAACCAGCUCAAUGACAGGAACCAGAACGGAGCAGGGGCUCGGCCAGAAACCAACGGGACAGUCCCGGGGAUACCAGGUAAUACUGGGAGACCCUUUAGUAUCUCUGGGUUGAGCUCACGUUCAGCGAGCACCACAGCCUAUCGCAUAUCUCCGUACGCCUACACGGGUCCACUGAGGUUCCUGUGUGCCAGCGACGCCCGGGCGGAUGUUUUUGUGGACAGCUUUAUGUUCUGGAUGGAUACAGUGGAGAUGGUGAGGGUGGCAGGACAUCCCCUUGUCUACUACUCAGGCUGGGUGUUCCCCAUCUACAUCUUCAGCUACCUGUCUUGCCUGCGUGUGGUGGUCAUGCCCCACAGCCCCCUGCUGUCCUCACUAGGUGUGGCCGUGCAGGACUUUCCCUUCUUUUUUGUGCGCGUUGGCCUCAUUGCCUUUUUUGGCUUUGUCACACCCCUCCUCUAUCUGAUGAAGAACCUGCUGGUCUGCCUGGCCUUUGUCUAUUUCAACUUCAUGACCAGGCUGAGGGUCUUCAACACAGAGAGGAUGUUCUUUUGAGACUAGCACCUUAAGCAAAGACAACAUUAAAAAUGUAGUAGGAGCAAUAGGUUGGUACAAAAGACACUAGGAUUCAGAAGAUGGUUGCACCAGCUCUUCAUAAGUUCAGACUUGGCCUUCUUAUAAAGCAAGUGUUUACUAAGGGGAGAUCACUAAAGUAAAACAGCUUUUACACUGAGAUAUACCAAUCAGCCAAAACAUUAAAACCACUGACAGGUGACAAGGACUAUUUUUAGGUGGCUAAAAUAUGUUUUGUUGCUGACCCCAUCCACAGCAGUACAUUACAUAGCUUCCAUGUCGGACUCCAGCCUGCUUCUCCAAACCUGGGCAGUGCUAACUGACAUCUACUGUGUGUAAAACACUCUCUAAGUACCCCAUACAACCCCACUUCAAAGAAUCUGAACUAUCCCUUUAAGAAAAGCUGGUGCAACCAAACCAAAUGAUAAAUUUGUGUGUGCAAAGCAGAAGAGAUAUUUUGUUAAAAUGCAUGAUGGUACUCUUCACAGGCCAAAAGGGAGCUCUUAGGCAAUGUUUUCCCAUAAAGGACAUUAUGCGUCCAAUGACUGUUGUGUUAUGUAUUAUUAUACCUUUUAUGUUCAACUUUUUUUACCCCCCUGAACCCCUCACCCUCACCAAGCAUGGCACUUUGGGAAUGUACCUGUUCUGUCAUUUGAGAGUUUUAAGCAGAUUUUU